AUGGCAAGCGAGGAAGGCACCCGAUCGGAGGGCGUUUGCCAGCGCGGUUCUCGCAUGGCCCGUCUGUAUGGACACAAUGUGGGAAGCCGCGCAGGGUCCGGUAUCGACGUCGAGAAGGUGCUAGGACAAGUGAGGUUCUCGGCUGUGAGGCGUUUCUUGGCAUGGAAGUAUUGCGCGGAAUGUUAG